CAAGCAGACACGUGAACUACGAGCUAAGAAAUUCUACAAAAUACUUUUGGCUUUAAGAACUUAAUUGGCUUAUUUUUUUUUUCUGUGCUAAAAAUCUAAAAAAAAAAUUUUGUGAGCUACAGUUUUGUAAAUAUAACCAAAUCAGUGCUGUAAAUCAAGUUUGACUAGAGUAUACAUCGAGCUGCAGUUCUCCAGGCGACCUAGUCGCAAGCAGAUCAAGUUACCAGUAGGGACAUGCCAACCAUGACACGGAUGCAUCGCCACUCCAGUUCCAGUGCCGUGGUGGAGGAGUCGCGUGGGCGGCGCCGCGGAGUGGGCGUGCCGGGGGCAGGAGACGCCAACAAGGAGAACUUCGGGGUGCACUAUGUGAGCAGUCCCUUCGGCAAUGCCAGUCUGAUUGCCCUGCAGGAUCUGAGCAAUGUGCACGGGAAGAGUCCGCAGCGCAGGAGUUUCAGCGAGGGCAGUGGUCCCCGGCAGGCCACGCCCCAACUGGCCGCCCUUCGCUGUCUGCCCAGAACCACCGGCGGUGCAGGGGGUGGUGCAUCAGUUGUUGCUCUCGAAGACUCUCAGCUUUCCUCAUCGCGAAUGGGUGACACCACGCUGGAUCGCAUGCUGGAUGCCAUAAUCGAGUCGGCCCGAAAGGAGGUGAGAUGUCCAAAGCCAACACUGGGCAACACCACAAGCACCGCCGCCUCGGCGGCAUCCACCAUUCUGGUGGAUAAUGGCGAAUGGAGCGAGACCAGUGUCCACGAAAUGGAGGUGCGCACACCCACCCACUUGAAGCGGCAGCGGGUGGUGCGGCGCAAGAAUCCACACAAGACCCACCAAACCACCACCAGCCAGGCGCAGAGCCACCACCACCAGACCAAAAAGAUGGAGCAACUGCAGCUGAUCCCCAGCACCAAACGCUGUCUGAGCUUCUCAUCCAGCUCGGCUUCGAGUGAUUUGGAUGAGGAUGAGCAGCAGGUGGCCAAGAGGAGUUCGCUGGCCUCCUCCUCCGCCUCCGCCUCCUCCUCGGCCACACCCCCCUCCCACAGUGGCGACAGCAACAGUGGGGCUGAUUUGGAUUUGGAGGCAAGCCAGCGGGGCAGCAUCGAUGUGAGCAUUGCGUACGAUGCCAAGGAGCAGCAACUCAAUGUACAUGUGAUUCGCUGUCGGGACUUGCAGCGUUCCCAUGACAGUGGCAACGGCAGCAUAAAUGCCUACGUCAAGGUGUCGUUGUCCGGCGGAAUGCAAAACCAACCACCCGGCGCACACUGCUCCGGGAGCAGCCUGAACUCCGGAUACCAACGCACCGCCGUCCAUCGGCACUCGGGUCGUCCGUACUUCGAUCAGCGCUUCAGCUUCCCGAUUCCCAGUGGCGAGGAGGCCAAUGGUCAGCAUCUACAGUUGGCCGUGUGGCAUAGGGAUCGCCAUUUAAAACGCAGCGAGUUCCUGGGCUGCAGCAGUUUUCCACUGAAUGAGCUAGUGCAUCCUGAGGCGGGAAUUACGGCCGGAUCCUACAAAUUGCAGGCGCAGGCAUGUCCUCCGCCUCCUAAUCACCGCCAGAGUCAACCCAAAGCCAACGCAGGCCAGGAUCGGAAGCAGGAUCAGGAUAAGCAUCAGGACGAGGACGAGGAUCAUCUGGAGAACUUUCCCGCAGAAAUGGCAGCCGCCGCCACAGUCACGCCCCAAAAACCCGCAGCCACUGGAUCCGGAUCGGGAUCGAUUUCGGCUGCUAUGCCACUCAACGACGAGGUGAUCAGCAUCAGCAUCGACAGCAUGGGCAAGGAGGAUCCGCUGCUGCCCCAGCAGCCGCAACAGCCCAUGAGGCUGAGCAAGAAGGCGCUCCACCAGCGAGACGCCGACGAGAAUCUCUUUCUGCGAUUCCUCGAGCUGGAUCCCCCGGCGGAUGGCAAUGCGAACAGUACAACCCAGGCGGCACCGACGACGGGCGGCCAAUCCUCGGCCUCGAAGGCCAACGAGAGCAAUGCCAAUCACCUCAACGGAUCCACCGGUCGCAGGCAGUCCACCAUGCCAAACAGUGCGGGAUCCAGCGGAGGAGGAGGAGGAGCUGGCCGCCAGCAGCCAGGUCGAACGCCCUUCACGAUGACCAAAAGACUUACGCGAACCGAGGAGCGGGGCUUUGGAUUCUCCAUUGUUUGGACCCAUCCGCCGCGCGUGGAGAAGAUUGAGGCGGGACUGUCGGCCGACCGAUGUGGCAUCCUGCCUGGCGACUAUGUGAUCUUUGUGGACAAACACAAUGUGGUCACGAUGCCCGAGGCUGAUGUUCUGAAUUUGAUACGAUCGCAGGGCUCGUCCUUGACGUUGGAGAUAUUCAGAAGGUCAGGCGCGGGCGCCACAACAAUCACCACGGACCUGAGCCACCACCAGAGCAAUGCCAAUGUGAGCGGCAGCAGCAGAUUGGGCAUGGGCAUGGGCAUGGGUCUCGGCAUGGGUGUGGGCGUGGCGGUGGGCCUGGGCAGCGAGGAGCACACGCUGGCCACCACCACCACCGGUACGACCACCGUGAUGAGUCUGCAGCGGACGGCCAGCUCGAGGAUCAUCCAGCCGGUGGGCAACAGCCUGAGCCGACCGGCCACCGCCUGCUCGGGAACCACCUCCUCCAUCGAGGCGGCCAAGAGGAGGCUCCACCUGCCACAGGUCACCUUCAGCAAGGAGUCGAUUGUGCCCAUCACGGACAACCGUCGACGCUUCCUGCUACAGCUGAUCAGUCGAGAACAGAACUUCACGGCUGCCCUGCACUUCGGAGUGGAACGAUUUGUGCAGCCGCUGGUGGAGAGGAAGGACUUGAUCUCGCCGAACGAUCAUCGCACCUUGUUCCAGAACAUCGACGAGCUGCUGCGGAUUGCGGAGGACAUCCUGGAGCAGUUGUGCAGCAGUGAUCAGCAGGAUCAGGAGCCGCAAAUGAACUUCGCGUCGCGUGUUUACCUCUCGAAGACCACAGCCAUUUGUGCUGCGUACAAGAAGUACUGCAAUGGAAUCAAACGGGCAGACUGCGUUCUGGUGAAUAAGUCCCGACAGACGGGGUCCGAGUUCAUUGCUUUUAUCACGGAACCGGCGGUGCCGCGUAAGAGGCCCGAUCUCACCAUGUUCAUCCAUCGACCGCUGCAGCAUUUCCGGGAGAUCCUCAAGCUGAUGCAGUUGCUCGCUGGCAAUUGCCAUGUGGACACCGAGGAGCACAAGAACUUCAGCACGGUUAUCAACGAACUGCAGGCAGCCUAUCGCGAGAUCACUGUGAGCAGUGGUCUGAUGGAGCCGCUGGGCGAAGGUCGUCCGCUGCUAACCCUCCAGGAUCUGGAGUCGCGGAUGGUCUUCACCAAAUGCAAGCCCUUCACGUUGGCCGUCCAGGGUCGCCAGUGGAUCUUUGGCGGCGACUUGUCCCGGGUCGAAGGGCGUUCGGUGAAACCCUACUGGACCCUGCUCUUUAGCGAUAUCAUUGUGUUUGCCAAGGUCAGUCGGGAUCGAGUGCUGUUCAUCACGGAGGAGCCCAUUCCCAUUGCCAAUGUGGUGGACUCCUGUUUUCACAUGCGCAAGAAAACCACCGAGUUCCGUCUGACAGUGGAUCCCAAUGGACGUCUGGCGGAGAGUCCCACGGGCUACUGUGCCCCCGAUCUCACCCGCACUCCAAAGCGAGGAGCCCGCCGCAAGAGCCUCAUUUUGAGGGCACCCUCGUUGGAACUCAAGGCCGUCUGGCAGAAUCUGCUCCAGCGUCAGAUAUUUCUAGUUAAUGCCGCUCUGGGCUCCACGCCUUUGUCCAGUCCCUUGGACUCGCCGGAUGUCCUCAACACAUUGGUGCCACUGAGCGAUAUUGGACUGACCACCGCCUCGAUGGGAUCGAUGAAGCUGCCCUCGCUGGACAGCAUCCACCUGAAGCAGCAGCAGAAACAGCAGCAGCGCAACAACCAUGCCCAUGCUAACGCCCACUCCGCCGGAGGAGUAGCCACCGAAAGAUCUGCAGAUCGAUCCCACGGCCACAGCCAUGGCGUCCAUGGUGGUCACGUGGAGCAGAUCGAGCUGCUGAUCGACGAGAAGUGCCGCAUUCUGAACAAAACGGGCACCCCCAAGUCGAGUGCUCUGCACCUGGCCAACUGGAUGAAGGGCCAGCUGGACAAGCAACAGCAGCAGGCCCGCCUGGCGGCCAUUGCGCGAUCGCAGGAGAACGUGAGUGCCGAGGACGAGCAGCUGAUCUUCAACAGCGACAGUGAGCAGGACGAACGAAUCACCUACUGGACGCGUCAGCAGCUGGAGAAGCGCACCAAGGAGCUGAAUCUGGCCAAGGAGAACGGCGCCCUGUCGGCGAAGCCCAAUUUCGGGGGAAAGCGAUUGAGCGGCGUGGAGGAGCUGAGCAUGAGCGCCACCUCCGAUAUAUACUCCACGUCAGAGGCGGAGGGCGUGACCAGCGUGAUCAGUCAGUCGCACAGCACCACAUCGGACAGCCAGAUCACCGUACGCUCGAGCCCCAUUGUACUGGACAAGCUGGCCGUCUGCCGCCACUGCCACAAGAAUUGCCAACAGAGCGGACCGGGUGGAGUGCGUCCUGGCGGCGGCCCAGGUGGGGUGAACAACUCCAGUUCCGCGCCCGUCCUGCUCUGCACCUCUCUGAAGGUGCAGCACAGCCAAUCCUCACCGAAUCGCUGUUGCAAGCUCAACAAUGGCAUUCCGGGGCCUGCGGAAAUGGUUAGCCCAAGAGCGGGCAAUCGAACCGGAACUGGUAGCGUGACCAGCAUGUCCAGUAGCACCAUUACGGGGGAGCUGUCCUCCAAAGUGGUGGCCAGCAGCAGUCGCCGGGAAACCGGUGACACCGAAAGCGAUGUGGCCCAACUGAUAACCGACGAAAUAUCCCAAUCCCAAUCAGAGGCAACGGAUGACAGCGUCGGUGCGAUGCCCAACAGUAGCAGCAGUGCUGGCGAAGGAUUCCCACCACCACCACCACCAGCCAGCAGCAGCGGCGGCAGCGGCAUCCCCAAACUACGUCAUCUAGAUCCACCAGUCACAGUCACAACCACAUCGCCCAUGCCCAAUGGUCACUGCUCCGCGGGCGGAGGUUCACCCAAGCCAUUGCCACCACCACGUCGCACCCGUAUCGUGGCCCAAAUGUGCCAGGAACCACUUCGGCCAAAGGCCAACCAGCAGGUCAAGGCCAUUGUGACAAUUACGGAGACGGCCAGAAUAAUGCGGAGCAGUCCAACGAGGGGAUCAGUGACGGGUUCGGUUUCGGGUUCAGUGAGUGGUGGUGGUAGUGGUGGUUCCCCUGCCAAAUAUGCCGCCUGCCAUUGCCGCUGCACUCCGGAGGACUUUACGCAUGCCCAACUCUCGCCGGAUAAGAUGGAGCACCAGACCUGCAAGCUACUGGAAUCACCCAAACAAACGGCCACCAAGCUGCAGCAGCAAAAACAGGACGAUGAGCAGUUGUCCAUGAUGCUCAUCGGUCUGGCUCAAUUUGCACCGGCCGCCAAACUUUGUGGCCAGGAGAGGAUCGUCGUCAAGGAGGAGAUUGGUAGUACACCCACGAUAGCUGUGGUCCCACCCACCCCCGACUCGGUGCUCACCAAGACCAGCACUCAUGUUUGGGACAACAGCGGCUGCUCCUCAAAUGGCGGUGGAACCUCAACCACCAGCACCGCCACCACCACAACGAAACAGCCACGGCAGGCCAUCAUUGAGAACAUACCGGAAGAUUCGUGUGAUGAGAGUCCUUUGGACGAGGAUCCACCCUAUCGACCCAUGAGCAGUGCUCUCCGGCGAUUUGGCACCAUGUCCAGCUUAGAGAAGCUACCCUCCGACGAUCGAAUGGACGAGGCCGAUGAACUGGACGAUGAUCUAGAUUCGUAUACACCAAAUGGCCACGACGAUGCCGAUAGUCCUCAAAACGCAGGUGAAGAUGACGACGAAGAUGCGCGGUCAGAUCGAGUUCUAGUACAAAGCGUCAACGAUUUGGGGGGCGCCUCGAGUUCAUCGGGCGUGAGGGUCAAUGGCGAGGUUCUGGCCAGUGGAGCGUGGACAAAUCGGGCCGGAGCCUAUGUCUCCGACAAGAUGUCAUUCUUUGAGGAGUCGCGGGCCUUUAUAGAUAAGUACUUGGGACGCUGGAACGCCGGCGACGCGCAGCAACAACAGCAACAGGGAACCGCUUCGGAGACGGACGAGCAGAUGGACGAGUGCACCUCGGGAGCCACCAGCGGCGAAGAGGUUUGGGGCACACCCACCAGUGGCGGGGAUAACGAUGAUCAGGACAUGCAGCUGAUCAAUUCGGAGAACACGCAUUCGUCGCCCACCAAGUCAAGUACCUCUUUGAAUGACGACGAUGACACGGAACUGAUGAUGGACGAGCUGUUGAUGGCACCUCCAAUGACGGCCAGCACAAUACGGGGAUUGCUGCCACGCUUUUACAGACGUCGCCUUGAGCCCCUUUUUGAGGAGGAGACGGAGAGCGACGAAGAGAAGACGCAGCAGGACAGCGAUGACAUCAAAAAGGGGGAAGCAACGACCAAUGGCCACUACCUAGAGGAUUUGGCUGGAAGUUCAAGCGACAGCGAGGAGGCGGCGCUACCAGUCCCGCCACCAGUUCCUCGGCCAGUGGUGCCGGAUCGGGAGGAGGAUCCGUUGGAGGCGGACAACCAGGACUACCAGGAGGAUCAGGAGGAUACACACUCCAGCGUGGAGCGACUGCAUCCGAAUCUGGUUACGAGUGCGAUGGGGCCGCGUCCCUUGCUCACCACCCGCCUGCUGCCCACCACGGCCAUCGAUCCUCAGCCGCCGGUGGGCCCGGAGUAUCUGGCCUCAUCCUGCGAGUAUCUGCUCGAUCAGCGCCCCUCGAGCGGAUCAGGACGCGAGUCCGCCGGCGGGAUCGGAAUAGGGAUCGGGAUCGGGAUCGGGAGCAUGCCAUCCUCUCGGCCGACGCCUCCCUCUCCGGCGAAGCCAGCAGUGACGACAGCGAUGCCGACCGGGAUGAUGAUGAUGACGAUGACGACGACGACGAUGACCACGACAACCACGACGACGACGAUGACGAUGACGACGACGCCGAGUCGAGCUCCCUCAUCGAUUACUACAACAACCAGCAGCGCGAGCGGCACUACGAGCUCCGGCGGCAGAGCCAGCGGCAGGCCUCCGAGAUUUGUUCCGCCGCCGCCGCCUCCACGUCGCUUGCUCCUCACGCAGACCGAUCUAAGCGCUGCCCAGGACAAAACGGAGCCACCUCGAAGAAAAUCUGGCGCUACUGCUGACAGUGGCUCCUCGGCGGCUGUCGUCGGCGCCGCCAGUGCUUUGGACCCAAUCGCUACCGGGUCAAGGAUAAUGCCAUCAACGCCGAUUACCAGCAGCUCGGCGGCGGCGGCGGCGGUGGGAGUGGCGGUGGCGGUGGGUCCAAAACGACCGUCAUCAACGAUAAUCGAGACCUGCCUGCUGGGGGCACCCAGGCCCGCCUCAGCCACUUCAUCAGCAACAGUCUCGAGGAUGGCAAAGCCGAUCCGCCAGAGUCCCACCACCGCCAGCACCAGCACCACCACAACCACCACCCACCAUCAUCCAUCGCAGCCGAGGGCGCAGAUCAGCCCAGCUGCAGUGGCAUCGGCACCACCGCCAGCACCACCACCAGACGCAGCCGCUGCCCCAGCGCCCCACGUUGGAUGCGGUCUAAGCCCAAGGCUGGAAAUGCGGCUGGCCCUCAACCACGACAUCCUCGGGGACGAGGACUUGAUCUGCUACGAGCCUGGUCCCGAUCUAACAACUAUUCUGGGGCACGACCUCUCCACAUUUCAUCGUCUGACGGGUCGCGAUUUAUUGAGUCGUUCAGCCACGAACCGGGUGCAGCCAAAAGAGGCUGUCAUAUCGUACUCUCAACAACGCAACUCAAAGAUGGACACGCCGACGGUGAACCGCCGGCCCCGCCCCCUCUCAGCGGGCGCCUUGAACAGCAGCAAUCACAGUCGCAGCAGCAGCAGCCACGGCAGCAGUCCGCUCGCCGGUGGUUUAACCCGUGCCGCCGUCGAGCAAAUGGGUCCAAUGCAGGUGGUGCAGCCAGGUGGUGGAUCUGCUGGUCGAGUCGGCGGCGGGAGCGGAGGCGCCGGCGACAACAGCACCGCCUGCAGCUCCAGCAGAGGCGGGAGCAAAUUAGGCGAUCUGGAAAUCUUAGCGAGACGCGAGAAGAUAUACUCCAUGUCUCAAUCGAGGAGUGGCUGUCGAGUCAGGGAGACGACAUCCACAUCCACAAUGUCCGCACCGAUGUCGGCGACCAUGAGUACGGGCACGACCACGACCACUCUGGUGGCCAUGGCUACGGAGAUGCGUUCGGGGAUGGACUCGGCGAAACGCGACUCUUCCUGGCCCAAACGAGCAGCUGCAGCAGCCUCUCUGACGAGGACGAGGAGUACUACUUCGAUGGACGGAGCGGGAGCCAUCAGUGCCACAGUCACAACAACAAUGACUGAGGAGGCAUUCCUCGAGACCGAAGUGGGCAGAUCGAAGCGAUUAAUGAACUUCAUAAAGCGCCGCAACUCUGAGAUAACCGCCAGUAGCACCAGCAGCACCCCCAACUUCUCCGACGGCGCCUUUGGCGAACAGCCCCAUCCGAGCCAUAGCCAGAGUAGCCUUCUUCUCCAGAAGCUGCCGCCGGGUCAGUCGCAGGCUCAGGAUUCAGUGGAGAUGGCCCAGAUGUCGCCGCGCAAGGAUAACGACAAGCCAUCACUGAACCGCCGCCUGUGGAAGCAGAUCACCAAACGCCGACGCACCAACUCCGUGUCCCAAAUAGUCGCAGGCUAGGGAGGGAACUACCACAACCACAACCACCACCACCAACCGUCUAUCACCACUUUCCCCUCUGUUACUGUUACUAACUGUGUUCUGUGGGUAGAUUUUAGCUAAGCAUCUAAAGAACGUCGUUUCGCGAUGAGCAGUGAUCGAUGAUCGAUAACCAUUUGCACGGGACAGCCCGUCGAUAGGCAGUAAUCAACUGUAACCAUAUCACGGUGAACUUAGCGGGCUGCCCCACUGAAAGAACUGGCAAAUUGCAAAACCAAACACUUAGUAGUACAUUAAGUUUUUUGAUACGACUUUGUAGCUAGCGAAUCCCCCGGAUCGCACCGAUCUCGGGUAGCUCUAGGCGUCCAAUUGCGUCCAAAAACGAUAAGCGAUAAACGAUAAAUGAUAAAUGAUAAAAAACGAUUAAAAUCGAUUCUCCUGCCAGCAGAGCCAAGGAACCGAGUCCCAGCCAAAUCAGAUAUAGACAACGAAUGGCAGUCAGUUGGUAAUACUGGGCACACUCACUCACUCCAAAAUAGGCAAUAUACAUAGACAUUUUAGACAUUUAAAACAUAACACAUAACACUUGCAGUCCAGCCAAAUGAAUUAGGAUCUAGCGGAGUUCGUACACUGACUAUUUUUUAGAGAUCAUGAUUAUGUCUUAUAGCUUAGCAGUUUCGGGUUUAUGUUGCGGGAUUGAGACAUUGAAAUUGCCUUACGUAUCCAAUGAACUAUUGUAUGGGUAGCUUAACGUAGUUGUCUUUAUACACAUAACAUUUACAGCCUCAGCAGUUCGUAGUAGUCAGUCGUUAGUUGUCGGUCGUAAUACAAUUUUUAGUACUUAAAUUCCACGUUUUUCUCAACUAUUUACAAACGAAACUUUUGCAUCAGCUAGAUCGUAUAUAUACAUAAAUAUAUAGGGAAACUUGGUAGUUCAUUUCACAUUGAAAUUGAUAUUGAAAUCGGAAUUAGAAUCGGAAUCUGAAUCGAGGAAACGAAUAGCACGAAAAUUGUUGAAUGCAGCGCUGAGCUGGGAAAAUGCUAACAAAUUAUACGAAUUAAUAACAAACGAUCAAGUACAUUUAUCAGCUUUAAUAGAAAAUCUAAUAUAUAUACAUGGAUCUAAAUAGUUCUAGAUAUAGUUAUAUAAUUGACAUAUACGAAUUACUUUUGAAUAGUGAGUACGCGAUCGAGUUAUUAGGCAUUUAUCACUCACAUUCACACGAGGCAUUCAUUGAUCCAGCACCGUUUACACCACGUGAGAUAUUCAGUAAUUUACUUUGUAACCUCAGACACACACAAUGGACUAUAAGUGUAUGGCUACCGAGAGGUAUACAUAACGUCUACGCCAUACAUUGAUUUUUUUGGUCGAAAUUUGUAUUUUAGCAGAGUAGUAGAGUGCAGAAGUGAGUUUCUCUUGAAAUUCGAUAAGAAAUUCAAUUAUUUAAAGAACAAAUUCCAAAGACAAGCAUCUAAAUAAAUUCAAUAUACAAUAAACCAA